AUGUCUCAACAACGUGACGAAAUGGAUAAUACCACUCUGAACGACUCAAAAGAGUCAACCAACCCGAAGGUUGUUGUUGAUUCUGUUUUCGAGACGUCGGAAAAGGUAUUUCUUGGAGGUAUCGACGAUGGCUCAGACGGACCCAAGAGAGGGUUCACCGAAGACUCAGAGCCUGAGUACGACUUCAAAUCUGAAGAGUUCGUUAAUAUCCCAGAGCUUGUACGCAACGUUGUCGGAUUCGAAGACGACCUCACUUUGCCAGUGGUCACCUUCCGCGCAAUCCUUCUUUCUGCGAUCUUUUGCACAACCGGAAGUAUUGUUUCGCAGCUUUCAUAUUUUCGAACUACAACAGCUCCAUUCCCUGUAUUCUUCGUCAUUUUAGCCUCUGCUCCGCUUGGUCGGCUAUUGGCACGUAUUCUACCUGCUUAUACGGUGCCCCUCGGACGCUUUUCCUUCUCCCUCAACCCUGGGCCAUUCUCCAUCAAAGAACAUGCAAUUAUCGGUAUUGCUGCCAACGCGGGCAGUCAAGGCCAGUGGGCAACACUGUAUUACGGCAUCACAAUGAAUCCAGCUGUUGCACUCUUUUUUGGAUGGGGUGCCUCUCUACUGGGGUUUUCAUUCGCCGCAAUGGUUCGGAAGAUUCUGAUUGAUGAUCCCGAAUUCAUCUUCCCUUUGUCUCUUCAACAGGUCACAUUGUAUAGGAGCAUGCAAGGGAAGUCUGAGUUACACAAAAGCGUUUCCCAGAAACAGAUGAGAGUGUUCUGGUGGAUUCUAUUGGGCACAUUUCUCUGGCAAUUUCUCCCCGAGUACCUUUUUCCUUUCGUCGCUGCUCUUGCUCCUCUAUGCUGGUUCGCGAGUCGAAAUCACACUGUCAACUUCCUCGGCGCCGGCCGUGGAGGGUACGCUGCUCUUGCUCCUCUAUGCUGGUUCGCGAGUCGAAAUCACACUGUCAACUUCCUCGGCGCCGGCCGUGGAGGGAUUGGGCUCCUCAACAUCACGCUCAAUUGGUCUAACAUCACCUCCACCGUCAUUACUUAUCCUUACAGUGUUCAAGUGACUAUCUUCGUUGGCUUUGUUAUCACAACAUGGGUUUUGAUUCCCGUUGCUUACUUUGGCAACUUAUGGGCGUCUCCUACGUACGACAUUAUGUCGAAUGUCUACACGGACUCGAGCGGUGUUCAGCAUGUCAAUGAAACAGCUUACCACGAGGUUGGUCUGGCGUACUCUGGGGCUCAGUACACAUGGGAAAUCUUCAUGUGGUACGCAUCGUACAUUUCCUCCUUUGUUUGGUGUGGCCUAUUCCUGGGCCCCAAAGUAGUCAAGAUCUGGAAAGCAAGAAAAGCAGAGGGAGAGUAUCAUCAAGAUAGGUUGAGUCGUAUCAUCCAACAGUAUCCGAGCCUCACUCUUUGGGAAUGGGUUUUGUUGACCAUUAUUCCCAUUGGCAUUUUGCUCGUUAUUGUCGCCACAAAGUCUGUUUGGAUGCCGACUUGGACAUACUUCGUCGCUCUGGGUUUUGGCGGCGCUGCUAUGCUGCCCAUGAGUCUGGUUUAUGCGAUGUCUGGAUAUUCGAUCAAGGUUGGGUUCUUCAAUGAACUUAUCUACGGCUACAUGAUCGACGCGAAGGGCUCGUCGCGCCAUCCCCUUGGCCAGCUAGCCUAUCGCAUUAUAUCUGGCAACGUCUGGUACGAUGCUCGUAUUGUUCUAGAAGACCAAAAGAUUGGGCACUACCUCCAUCUUCCUCCACGCGACGUGAUUGGGGUCCAAAUCAUCGCAAAUAUGAUAGCUCUCCCUAUCAACUACGGCGUCAUGCGUUGGGUCAUUGCGUCCAAAUUUGACUACGUGAGCGGUCGAGUCGCGGAUCCUCAAGGACAAUGGACUGGCCAAGAGUUCAAGAGCUACAAUACCGCCGGUAUCCAGUAUGCACUUGUUGGGCCAAAGAAGCUCUUCGCAUCCUCCUUCUUCAAGCCUGUACUCUACGGCUUCCCUGCUGGCGCGAUAGCACCGAUCAUUAUCUGGCUUCUUCACAAGAAGUUUCCAAAAGCCCGUUUCGACCUUUGGAACUCCACGAUCUUCUUUGCUAGCGCGGCAACUUUCCACGGAAAUCUUAGCACUGGGCCCUUUACAACUUUCCUUGUCGGGACCUUCUUCAACUUCUACCUCUACCGUUAUCGUCGCGCUUUCUGGAACAAAUGGGCAUAUAUCAGUGGCGCAGCUUUGGACACUGGCUUCAAUGCUAACCUCUUGUUCAUCUUCAUUUUCCUUGGUACAACCGGAGCAGUAAUGGCGCACUGGUGGGGAAAUAAUGCGGAAAAUAUUGAGAGACUUGAUACUCAAAACUCUAUGAAGCUACAGCAAAAGCAAUCAGGUCUUACCCUCGGCCUCAACUGGAGAUCCGGCUCGGGGAUGCAAACACCUCAAGCUAGCAGGACACCAAUUGAAGCUGAAUAA